UAUAAUUUACGUUUAGUAUAAAUAAAAUUUAUGCUGUUAAAUAAUAUUAUACAUGAAUAUUUAUUUUAUUUUAUUUUAUUUUAUUUUAUUUAUUUUUUUUUCUCUAAGCAAUAUAAAUAAAAUGAGUUCACAACAUUUUAUACCACCUGUGAAUUUUGGUAUGAUUGAAGAAGAUCUUUAUCGCUCAGGCCAACCCAAUGAGCUUAAUUUUCCUUUUCUCGAAAAACUUGGUUUAAAAACAAUAGCAUGGCUUGCUCCAGAAGAGCCUAAUCAACGCUUUUUAGAUUUCAUCGAUGAUCAAGAAAUUCAAAUGCAUCAUUUGGGUGUUGUUUCUUCUGUCAAUGCUUGGGAUCCUAUUACAGAAGAAGCCGUGCUUCAAGCACUAGAACUAAUAUUAAAUCCGUCAAAUUAUCCAAUGAUGAUUAUGUGUAAUUUAGGCAGACAUAGAACAGGAACUAUUGUGGGCUGCAUGAGAAAAUUACAGCGAUGGAAUUUAACAUCAAUCUUUGAAGAAUAUAGAAGAUAUGCAGGACCUAAAGUUAGAUUAUUAAAUGAACAAUUUAUUGAAUUGUUUGAUACAGAUCUAGUGACAAUACCAGUAAAUAAACCAAAAUGGUUCUUUUAAAAGUAAAUACUUUCUCUUUUUAAAUUUAAUGUUUCUUUACAGUAUAAGGCCUUUUCUUUGCUGCUAGUAAUGAUAUCCUUCACUAUAAAUAUAUAAAACUAUAGAAAUAACAUUAGACUUAUUUUAAUAAUUGACUAUAAUGUGAUGUUCCUCUUUGCCAAAUACAAUAAACGCUUUUGUAGGUGUUGUAGGUAUU